AUGGCUCUAAUUACUUCUCCUAAUUCUCCGCCAGUCACUAGCAAUGAUAUUACUGUGAGCGUUGAUUAUAGGAAAGGUGUGAAGUACCUAGUUGAUAAUUCAAAGGACAUGAAAAUGCUGCCCCCCGAGUAUGUUUUGCCACUGCCAGAAAAAGAAAGGCCAUCCUUGGCGAUCCAUGGUUCAAUUCCUGUUAUAGAUUUGAGUGGCCUUUAUGGACCUGUUGAGCAAAGGCUGUCCACUAUACAUGCCAUUAGUUCUGCUUGUGCUGAAUGGGGAUUCUUUAGGGUGACUAAUCAUGGUAUAAAGAUCUCUAUCAUGGAUGAGAUGCUUAAAGUCAUAGAAGAAUUUUUCAACCUGCCAUUGGAAGAGAAAAUGAGAUAUGCUUCAGAAAAUGUGAUGGACCCAGUAAGAUAUGGAACAAGUUUGAACACUAGCAGAAAGCAUGCCCUUCAUUGGAGGGACUUUCUGAGGCACUAUGGCGGUCCAGUUCCUCACAGCUAUAACCUUUGGCCAGAUAAUCCCUCGAGCUACAGGCACGUCGCAAAGGAGUACUUAAAGGAAGUUUGGCAACUUGCUGUAAAAAUAUUUGGUGCAAUAUCUGAAGGAUUAGGCCUCGAUCCAAAAUACAUAGAGAGGUCACUUGGAGAAGGGACUCAAAUCCUAGCUACAAAUUAUUAUCCACCAUGUCCUGAGCCAAACAAGACAUUGGGACUUGCUGCACAUUCUGAUCAUGGUGUUCUUACUAUUUUGACGGACAAUGGCAUCCAUGGCUUGCAAAUUAAACACAAUCAAACAUGGUUUGCUGUUCCUCAUGUCCCUGGCACUUUCGUCGUCAACCUAGGAGAUUAUUUGGAGAUAUUGAGUAAUGGGAAGUACAAGAGCGUAGAGCAUCGAUCAGUAGUCAAUGCGGAAAAGACGAGGAUAUCUGUAGCAGUGGGCCAUGGCCCAGAAAUGACAGCUAUAGUUCAGCCUGCAGGCCCACUUCUCAAAGAAAAUAGUGAAAGCAAGUAUCGGCCCAUUGUGUACCAGGACUAUAUUCGAGCCCAACAAAGCACUAUUAAGAGAGGAAAAAGUGCCCUGUAUGAGAUAAUGACUUCCACCGGGGGCGGAUCCACCCUUAGGAUGGGGUGGCAUGGCACCCCCUAG